GGAUAACAUCAGUGUGAACUUAGUUUCCGGUUUUAAUAACAACAGUCCUUUUUAUUUAUAUGUUUUAUUAGUUUUGGAAGACUUUUAAUUAAACAGGAUAUCUUUAAGUGGAGAACAUUUAGCUUAGGUUUAUUGUUUAUAGGCUUAUUUAUUUAUUUAGAGCUCAAUUGGAUGUCUAAUGUUUUCCUGUUGAAAUUAAAAAUAGGAAAAUCCUGCUUCCAUGUAUGCGGGUGUCGGAAGCCAUGAAGUAUCCGGGCCGACGUUGCAAAGAAAGAGCUCCUUCUCUCUCUUCUCAUCGACGGAGAGGUGGAUUUUCACAGGGAAAAAGAGGAAGCAAAGAAAAAGGGAUGUGGACUCGCUCAGUCUCUGCAGUCUGGACAUCAACGAGCCUAGCAACAAGCGAGCGAAGCCUCUGUCUCGAGUCACGUCGCUGGCUAACCUCAUCCCUCCAGUGAAAGCUGCUCCACUGAAGCGUAUCGGACAGACGCUGCAGCGCUCCAUCAGCUUCCGCAGUGAAAGCAGGACGGAGAUCAUGCCUCCUCGGCCAUGGAGCAGGCAGGCACCAGCGGCCAACACCAAGCGAAGAGACAGCAAGCUGUGGAGCGAGACCUUCGAUGUAGGACUGGGACAGACGCUGUCCUCGAAAGAGAUAAAAAGGCAGGAGGCCAUUUUUGAACUGUCUCAAGGAGAGCAGGACCUGAUUGAAGACCUCAAGCUGGCCAAAAAGGCCUACCAUGACCCUAUGCUGAAGCUGUCCAUUAUGACGGAACAUGAGCUCAAUCAGAUAUUCGGCACCCUGGAUUCUCUCAUCCCGCUGCACGAAGAUCUCCUGAGUCGACUCCGAGAGGCCAGGAAGCCCGACGGCUCGACAGACCACGUGGGCCACAUUUUAGUGAGUUGGCUGCCCUGUCUGGACUCGUACAACAGCUACUGCAGUAACCAAGUGGCUGCCAAAGCCUUACUGGACCAUAAAAAGCAGGACCACCGGGUGCACGACUUCCUGCAGCGCUGUCUGGAGUCACCCUUCAGUCGAAAGCUGGACCUGUGGAACUUUCUAGACAUCCCACGCAGCCGGCUCGUGAAAUAUCCACUGCUGCUCCGUGAGAUCCUGAAACACACGCCUAACGACCACCCGGACUGCCAGCAUCUGGACGAGGCCAUCAACAUGAUCCAGAGCAUUGUGGCAGAGAUUAACACCAAGACGGGCGAGUCGGAGUGCCACUAUUAUAAAGAGCGUCUGCUGUACUUGGAGGAGAGUCAGAGAGACCUGCUGAUCGACAGCUCCCGCAUUCUCAGCUGCCAUGGAGAGCUGAAGAACAACAGAGGAGCUAAGCUACACGUGUUCCUGUUCCAGGACGUGUUGGUGAUCACGCGGGCCGUCACUCAUAACGAGCAGCUCUGCUAUCAGCUCUACCGGCAGCCCAUCCCAGUGCGGGAUCUCGAGUGGGAGGACCUGCAGGACGGCGAGAUCCGUCUGGGCGGCUCCAUCAGAGGGGCUUUCAGCAACACUGAGAAGACCAAGAACUUUUUCCGGGUGACGUUCUGCAGCGGAGGUCAGCUCCAGUCCCACUCCUUCCAAGCCAGUGACUCUUUCAACAAGCAACAAUGGCUGAACUGCAUACGACAGGCUAAAGUAGCGAUCGGCUCUCAGCCUUCCCAGCACAUGGCUCCUGCUCGGGACAAAAUGGAGGAGCGCAUGGACCAAAGCGACAGCGAUUCCUCAGACUGUAGCAUGGACACUAGCGAUCCCGGUGCUGAGGCUGGAACGCAGCUGAUGGAGCACACACACGUGGACUUGUGAAUGCCGUACUGUCAUAGUAACGUGAUCGGUCGUCUGCAGUCAUCUCCACUCACCAAGCCAACCUGUACAGUAUCGUCAUGGAGAAGCCGCAGAGCAGAGAGAGCACUACUUUUCCCACCACUACUUUAUUUUCAUGUCUCUUUCGAUCCGUCUGUCUCUCUCUGUGGUGCAUUCUGUCGCACUCCCAACUGUGAAACUGUGUCAGGUUUGCCUGUCGUCUGAACAGGACUCGGGUCAAGAGGACACACUUAAUUUCAUUCCUCACAGCGUGAACCUAAAAGUGGUCCUCUGAGGAGAGGAAAGAUUCCGCGUUGAAAGAUGUAUUAUAUUUAUGUCAACGUACUGUGUUGUGUCUGCAAAAACGCCCCAGACAAAACGACCAGACGAAUGUUUUCAUGACAAUCAAGAAGUGGCGGUUUUGGUGGCGCACAGUGUUUUAAAGCCUAAGGGGUUGUACUGACAUUUCUACACUUAUUCGAGACCCAUCUUGAAGUUCUUGUGGUCAUGGAUGCUUUCCGCACUCAAAAAAAAAAAAGCAAGACGUGAGGAGAGUGAAGCCAAAACCGUGCAGCUUUGUGAUGAACAUGUUGCUUCACGUCUCAUGUGCGUGUUUCUAUCCCGACAUCAGAACGCAGAUAAACAGUGUCCAAAAAAAUCCAUCAUGCCAUUUAAGCUGUUCCCUACAAAGGUUAGGUUUAAAUUAAAUGAGCUGCAUCCAGCCAGACAACGGAGGCCAAUUCCAUUAAAGCACUUUGAAAAAAAAAAAAAUUAGCCUGUUUGGCAGAAACGUCAGGUAACCAUCAAAAGAUAAGCAACGGAAAGAUCAGUUUUGUGAAAAUGUAGCUGAAGCUCUCACUUGGUGUAAAGCUGUAAUUGCUUGUGCCAUGUUGCUCAGCAUAACUUGUCUUUUCCACAGGUGUUUGUGUGCGCGUGUGUGUGUGUGUAUGCGCCAGUGUAUCGCAUCAUGCUUUGCUAAAAACAUUGCCAAAAAGUGUUUUAAUCCUGUGCGUGUUUACCUGUGGGGCCUUGCUAUUUUGUUCCACGUUUGAGGAAUCUGCAUCGCCACUAUAGAAAUUAUUCAAAAUACAUUUGUUUUUAUUGAUUUUUUUUUUUUUAAAGAAAUGUAAUAAAAUUUAUGCAGUAGUGUGGUUAUUUAUAGCUUAUUUUUCACUUGACCUAACUAUGCUGUUCUUUCAUUUCAAGUGCUCAUAGAACAGGAAGUGUUACUGAAGGUGAGCGAAAUAGCGUUUUUACGAUUUGGAUAGAAGGACAUGGUUUGAAGGAAUGGAAGUAAAGCCAUACAGAGGGGUAUGUGAACACGUGAUGAUUGUGUUAGCACGGUGUGUGUGUGUAUACUGAUGGAAAGCUGGAAAGUGUGUAUUGAGUACCAAAUAAAUGAUUUAAAACA